GCCCCCGUCCCCUGCCCUGUCCUGUUGCUGUUGCGCCGCCGCCGGCUGCUGCCUCUGGACCCCACCAUGGAAGACACGCUAGAAGACCCCCCCAUAUCAGCUGUCAUGCUGGACCAUUGUCAUUUCUCUCAGGUCAUUUUUAACAGUGUGGAGAAGUUCUAUGUUCCUGGAGGUGAUAUCACUUGCUAUUACACCCUCACCGAGAAUUUCAUCCCCCGUCGAAAGGACUGGAUUGGAAUCUUUAGAGUGGGAUGGAAGACAACCCGUGAGUAUUAUACCUUCAUGUGGGUUACAUUGCCCGCUGACCUAGACAGCAAAUGGACCAAACAGCAGGAAGUCCAGUUCAAAGCUUAUUAUCUGCCCAAGGAUGAUGAGUACUACCAGUUCUGCUAUGUGGAUCAGGAUGGUGUGGUCCGGGGAGCAAGCAUCCCUUUCCAGUUCCGUCCAGAAAAUGAGGAGGACAUCCUGGUCGUCACCACUCAGGGUGAGGUGGAAGAGAUCAAGCAGCACAACAGCGAGCUUUGCAAAGAAAACCAGGAGCUGAAGGACAGCUGUGUCAGCCUCCAGAAGCAGAACUCAGACAUGCAAGCCGAGCUCCAAAAGAAGCAGGAGGAAUUAGAAACUUUAAAGAGCAUCAACAAGAACCUGGAACAGACAGUGAAAGAGCAGAAGGACAGUUGGGAGACGGAGCUGCUUCAACUGAAAGAACAAAACCAGAAGAUGUGCUCAGAAAACGAGCAGAUGAGAGUCAGAAUGGAUCAGCUUCAGGCACAGCUGUCAACUCAAGAGAAAGAAAUGGAAAAGCUUGUCCAGGGAGAACAAGACAAGACAGAGCAGUUGGAGCAUCUGAAAAGGGAAAACGGCCAGCUUCUUCUCAGUUUAACUGAACAGAGGGAGCAUCAGAAGAAGCUUGAGCAGAAAAUGGACGAGCUAAAGCAGAAAGAAGCUACUGCAACGAAGAAACAGCAGGAGUUAUCGGACGAGAACUUUGACCUCUCUAAAAGGCUGAGUGAAAACAAGAUUAUAUAUAACUUUCUGCAGAGAGAGAAAGAGAGAAUGGAAAAAGAAAAUGAUCUUCUGAAGAGGGAGAACAGCAGAUUGAUGAGUUACAUGGAUUUUGACUCUUUGCCAUGUCAAGUGCCUACUUCAAAUCAAGGAAGUGCAGGACAAAACCCAGGGCUUGUCUAUGGAAAUCCAUAUUCCGGCAUCCAAGAAAGUUCUGCCCCCAGCCUGCUUUCCAUGAAGAAAUGCCCCACCUGCAAAUCAGACUUUACUGGUGACAUUUGUGAUCACACCUUGGAGCAGCAGCCCAUUCAGACCCUUUAUUGUCCAAUUUGUGACAAGAGCUUCUCAGCAAAAGAAAAGCAAAUCUUUGAAGACCACAUGUUCUGCCACAGUCUGUAAGUGUUCCGGCCUCUUGGAUCUGUACUGUGCGCAGACUUUAUAGAGUAGAACCUAUAGCUUCUACUAUGAGCUCCGACACAAGAUCCGGCCUAACCUGGAAUUAUUAAGGAUUUAUUUAGUCCUGCUGCUCUAACGGUAGAAUCAUGUCGAUAAUCUAAGGGAUAGCGUUAAGGGCUGUUAUUUCCAUCCGUGUGGGUUACCACCUUUUAAAUCACACAGCGCUAGCUGUGUCAGCUUCUCCCCUAUGAUGCCCAUUCUUCCAGUGGUCUCCAGUACAAAGGCCCUGGGAUGGAAGCGACCUGGCUCUUCAUAGCAGCCCUGACUCAGAUCCUAAGUGAUUAGUUUUCAAAAUUGUCAGGCCUUGAGUAUAUCCGUAUUCAGUCCUCAGUCCUACCCUUGGGGCUGGAGGUUGACCAGAAGUUGAGAAUUUCUUCCUCCAUCCGCUCAGGCCUCUUUCUCCAACUGAUGGCAUUAGACUGGCCAAAAAUGGCAUGGCAGAGAACUCAGGCAUCCAGUUUGGAUACCAACAGUUUUCUCAUUUUGAUUUCUCAGCUCCUAAUAGAAGCAUCUUACUCCUGAACCAUAGGCAUGAAAUAUUAUUUCAAUCACAGAAAGCCUGCUUUGUCUCUGGAUACCCCUAAUUUGGCAUUUUCUACUCUUUGAUCUUUCCUACUCACGUAACUUUUACUGUUAUCUUUUCUUAACAGUUAGUAGGUUGUUAGAAACUGUAUGGGGUUUGCAGCUUUCUAAGCCGGUGAGUUUGAAUGAUGAGACUAAUGUUAAUCUCUUUGAUACUAAAAAUAAACUAGUCCUCUUUUUCAGGGACUUUGGUAACUUAAAAUAAA